AUGAUUAUAGAUAAGAGCUAUCAAUACUUUAUUGGGUAUAUAUCAGUAUCAAUAGCCUUAAUAAGCUGGUCAGUUUAUACUUCUCUUGAGAUAUCUCCGAACGUUUUUACAUUUUUGAUUGAGUUUACAGAUGGUUAUAAGUUAGGUAUAUUGCUUAAUUUUUUAUUUCUAUCAUUUGUCUUAAGUGGAAAAUUUAUACAACUAUUAUUGUUUGGACACCUAAGAAUUAUAGAAGUUGAGCAUCUUGUUGAAAAGUUGCCAAUAUAUUUCAUUAAUUUAUUAUUUAAUUUGACAACUAAUGAUAACAAUCUAAUCUUAAAUUGCUUACUAUUAGGUAUAGCAGUCAGUUUCAAGAUCUUCCAUGUGAUUCUUAUUGACAGAUUGGACUACAUUCAUAUGAAGAUCUUUAAUAAUUCGUCAAAUGAAAGAUAUACGACGUAUAAUAUUUUACAGAAAUAUCUGAGAAGUUUGCAUUUUUGGUUAAUUUUAUUGUUUAUUAUAAGCGAUUUUGCAAUUGCUAAAUUCUUAGUUUAUGAUGUGUUUCAAGGAAUCAAUUCCGUGACGUGCUUGUUGUUUGGAUUCCAGUUUGCUGUUCAAGGAGUGGAGGCUUUAACGUACUAUUCGAAAUUACUAUUAAAUAUUUAUGAGCUUGCAUUUUACCGUCAUCAUCAGGAUGAUUUCGAUAUUGAUGAAGAAAAUGAGGAAGAAUUAGAUGAAGAUGAAGAAGAGGACAAUGAAAGAGUUUGGGAUAAUAAGGCAUUCUUCAGCAAAAGCAUUGAUAUAUGCUCUGCUUCCUUGAAAGCAAUUUCAUAUUUAGGGUUUAUUUACUUACUCACAAUUCAUUCGGGGUUGUCUUUGCCAAUUUCCAUGCUUCAAGGAACUUACUUAUCUUUGAAGCAAACUUACAAAGAAAUAUCGCAAUUAUUUGCUUUUAUUGAAUCUUCUAAAAAAUUAGAUAGCCAAUUACCUAAUGCGACUAAGGAAGAAUUAGAAACAUCUGAUAAUUUGUGUAUUAUUUGCAGGGAAGAUAUGUACGCAUUGGAUGAAUAUGAGAGAACCCACCAUAAAAGUUUGCCUGCUAGGAGGUUCCCCAAAAAAUUGAAUUGUGGUCAUAUUCUUCAUAUGGGAUGCUUGAAGGAUUGGCUCGAAAGAUCCGAAAUUUGCCCACUAUGUAGAAGAAAGGUAUUUCAAGCUGAAGCAAACGAUUUACAACAACAAGCACAUGAACAAGUACAACCAGAAGCUGAACCAGAAGCACAACCGGAAGCACAACCAGAAGCACAACCAGAAGCACAACCAGAAGCACAACCAGAAAUAGCUAUACAAACUCAACAAGCACAACCAACACCAACCAACGAAGAGUCCUCAAGAAGAAAUGCUGACCUUGAAUCACAAAGGAAUCAAAAUGUUUUAAAUGGACUUAAUAUUCCAGCAGAGUAUCCCGAGCCUACAAUUACACCACCUCCUACAAGGACAACCGAACCGUCUGAAGUAUUUCAGACUAUUAGACUUCCAACGACUGCCAUAAUACCCCAAGACUGGACAAUUCUUCCGUUGCAUAAAUCGGCAAAUGAACAAUAUAAGGUUGAUUUUUCGACAUUUAACCAAGGAACCCUCACCAUAAAACAAAAACCACCCGGCAAUGAAUUGAGUAUAAUUGAGCCAAACUUAUCCUCUUCUAACGGUGAUGAAAUACGUAUUAAUGACCCCAGAAAUGCUCACUCCACUAAUGAUUCUAAUUAG